AUGUCGUGCGCGCAGAACACCUCGGAGGAGUACGCCGUCUUCUUCGACACGGCCAGGUACAUCACUGGGCUGAUCGUGUACCCGAUCCUGUGCAUCAUCGGCAUCUCCGGCAACAUACUGGCGCUCAUCGUGUUCCACCACCGGGACAUGCGCACGUCGACCAACGUGUACCUCUCGUCGCUCGCGCUCUCGGACACCAUCAAGCUGCUGAACGACGCGAUGUACUUCAUCAUCGUGGCGACCGGGCUGUACGACCAGGGACUGUUCCAGACGAUGAUCAGCAACGUGUACCCCGUGGCGCACUACGUGUUCAACAUGUCUGUCUGCGUGACGGCCUGGUUGACGGUCAGCGUGGCCGUGGAGCGGUACAUCUCCGUCUGCUACCCGUCCAGGGCCAAGGAGCUCUGCACGACCCGCCGGGCGCGGCUGAUCUGCACGUUCGUGUUCGUCUCCAUGAGCACCCUCUCCGUCCCGUCGGCGCUCAGGUACGAGAUGAGGACCAUCCACGACCGGGUGCUCAACAUCACGUGCGUGCUGAUCCUGCCCACGGAGCUGGGCAACAAUGACAGCUUCAUGGUGCCCUACUCCUGGAUACACAACUCCCUCCGCGGCAUCAUCCCCGUGUUCAUCCUCAUCUUCCUCAACCUCAACAUCAUCAACGAGCUCCGGAAGGAGCGGGUCAAAGGGAAGAAGUUCACGGCGAGGAACCGCAUCACCCUGAUGCUCAUCGUCAUCGUCUUCAUGUUCCUCGUGUGUAUCACGCCUGACGCCAUCUUGUCCACGUUCUUCGGCAAAGGGUAUAUCGAAGAGGACAAUCUGGCCAAGGGUAUUCGCGAGAUAACGGACUCCCUCCUGGCCGUCAAUUCGGCGUUCAGCUUCCUGCUCUACUGCGUCAUGAGCGUCGUGUUCAGAAACACUUUCGUCAAGAUUUUCUGCAAA